AUGGCCAGCGACGAGGCCGGCGGCAGACCGACAAAUGCAGAUGCGGAGCUCGACAAAGCUCCUGCAGACGAGGCACACGAGCACCACACGAUACCCACCGCGCCCAAGGACAAGGAGCCCGCAGCUGCAGUCGAGACGCCCGACGACGCCAUCGAUUCCUCCAUCCUGACCAUCAAGCCUGCCGACGCCGAUCCAUCGUCCCUCAUGCGGCCCAACUACCCAACCAGCCUGCUUCUCGCACCAGAGCGCCCCAGCUACAUCGACCCGACGCCGCCCACGCCCAUGGCCUCUCGCCCACCUUCUCGAGCUCUCUCCGUAACAACCCGGACCGACGACGACACAUCUCCCACCAGGUCCAAUCCCGAAUCGGACGACAAGCCCUUCGCCGGCCAGGAUGACCAGGAGGACUCACAGUCUGAGAUUCAGAGCAUCAUGGAGCAGUUUAGCGAGGACGGGGGCGGUCCCGAUGCCGAGGAGGUCAUGAGCCCGAGACUGGAAAUCGCAUCGCCCAUGCUGGGCUCCUCGCUGCAGCACCCGCCUCGAAAAUCCAGCCUCGAGCCUCUUUCGCCCGGGCUGGCCGGCCAGCUCAAUGCCCUGCACAUCUCAACGCCCGGCGAUGACGACCAAAGACCGCCCGUGCCCCCCAAAGACGGUUCGAUGGGUACGCCUCCGAGAACGAGAGACGCACGGCUACCGCCCAUCAGCGUCACCUCACCAGCGUCGCCCACCAUGUCGAUGCACAGACCGCCGCCCCCAGAGCCCGAGCCCGAACCAACUCUUCCCUUUGACUUCCACAGAUUUUUAGAACAGCUGCGGAAUAAGAAAGCCGACCCCGUGGCAAGAUAUCUCAAGUCGUUCCUCUUCGAGUUUGGAAAGCGCCAAUGGAUGGUCCACGAGCAGGUCAAAAUCAUCAGCGACUUCUUGGCCUUUAUUGCCAACAAGAUGGUGGUGUCUGAGGUAUGGCGAGACGUCUCGGAUGCAGAGUUUGACAAUGCCCGUGAAGGCAUGGAAAAGCUCGUCAUGAAUAGACUUUACACCCAGACCUUCUCCCCGGCGAUUCCGCCUCCAAAACCAAUCCCUGGAGCAAAGCCGAGAAGGAGGGGAGGCGAUCCGCCACUGGGCCCUGGCCGGAGAGGCCAGCAUCAGGAAGAUAUCGAGAGAGACGAUAUUCUAACACAGAAAAUCAACAUUUACGGCUGGGUCAAGGAAGACCAUCUGGAUAUUCCACCUAUCGAGGAGAGUGGCAGGCGAUUCCUUAAGCUAGCACAGCAGGAGCUGUUAAAGAUCAAAUCGUACAGAGCGCCUAGAGACAAAAUCAUUUGCGUCUUGAACUGCUGCAAAGUGAUAUUUGGCCUCCUAAAACACAGCAAGUCGGAUUCAUCGGCGGAUUCGUUCAUGCCGAUGCUCAUCUACGUUGUGCUUCAGUCAAAUCCGGAGCACUUGGUGUCCAACGUGCAGUAUAUCCUGCGGUUCAGAAAUCAAGAGAAGCUUGGUGGAGAGGCAGGAUACUACCUCUCUUCUCUCAUGGGUGCAAUUCAGUUCAUUGAAAACAUGGAUCGUACUUCUUUAACCAUAACCGAUGAGGAAUUUGAGAAAAAUGUUGAGGCUGCCGUCUCCGCAAUUGCAGAGAAGCAUCAAGCCAUGUCUCCAAAAAGACCCCAGGACCAACAGCAGCAGCAGAUCUUCAACGAAAAGUCUAGACCCCCCGAGUCUGCAUAUGAUGGCGCAGGGCCGUCUGCUCCCCGCCGCUCAACAGAGCAAAAUGACACAGACAUUACUGCGCCCAUCACUGGGCUAUUACGAACAAUCCAGAAUCCGCUCACCACAAUUGGCCGCAUGUUCUCAGACGAUGGCGCCUCAUCGUCAGCGCCCCGACCACCGCCACCACCACCGAUAGGCCGUCCCUUGGGCUUCCCUGAAAACGUGCCCUUACAGAACGAUUUGCAAGACAGACGGCGAUCAGACUCAAGAUACCCUCUUCCCGCAGAAGAAGCGGCAGCGAGACAGGCGAGUGCAGAGGUUGCCGAGGCGCAGAGGCUGCAUCGUGCCGAGCACGCAAAUAUCGUAGAGACGCUGGCAGGCAUGUUUCCUGAUCUGGAUAAGGACAUUAUCAGCGACGUGGUCUACCAGAAGGAGGGAAGGGUCGGACUGGCUGUUGAUGCAUGCCUUGCUUUAUCCUCCUAG